AUGAAAAAGAAAAACCAGACUGGUGUCUCAGAAUUCCUCCUCCUGGGCCUCUCAGAGGAUCCAGAACUGCAGCCCCUUCUCUUUGGCCUCUUCCUGUCCAUGUACCUGGUCACUGUGCUGGGGAAUCUGCUCAUCAUCCUGGCCGUCAGCUCAGACUCCCAUCUCCACACCUCCAUGUGCUUCUUCCUCUCCCACCCGUCCUUUGUUGACAUCUGUUUCACCUCCACUAUAGUCCCCAAGAUGCUGGUGAACAUCCGGACAGGGAACAAAGUCAUCACCGAUGCAGGCUGCCUCACUCAGGUGUAUUUUUUCAUGGUUUCCAUAUGUAUGGACAAUUUGCUCCUGACCAUCAUGGCUUAUGACCGCUACGUGGCCAUCUGCCACCCUCUGUAUUAUGCAAUCAUCAUGAACCCCCGUCUUGGUCUGAUGAGUCUUUGCUCCUUGUUCAUUAGCAUUAUGAACGCCUUGCUCCACAGUCUGAUGGUGUUACAUCUGUCCUUCUGCAUAGACUUGAAAAUCCCCCACUUCUUCUGUGAACUUGCUCAGAUCCUCAGACUCGCCUGUUCUGAUACUCUUAUCAAUGACAUCCUGCUGUAUCUAGUGACUAGGCUGUCAGGUGUUGGUCCUCUCUCAGGGAUAAUUUUCUCUUACACUUGCAUUGUCUCGUCCAUCCUGAGAAUCCCAUCUAUUGGUGGAAAGUAUAAAGCUUUUUCCACCUUUGGGUCUCACCUGUCUGUCGUUUUCUUAUUCUAUGGGACCUGUGUUGGAGUUUACCUUAGUUCUGCAGCUACUCUCUCCCCCAGGAGGAGGGCAGUGGCCUCAGUGAUGAACACUGUGGUCACUCCUCUGGUGAACCCCUCCGUCUGCAGCCUGAGGAACAGAGCCAUAAAGGGAGACUUGAGGACACUGAUCUCUGGAACAUUUUCUCUUUCAUGA